AGUCACAUUGGAAAGAGUCUCCACUCUGUUUUAAUACUCAGAGGUUGAACAAUGGCGAACACAUCAUGAAAAUAAAGAGGGGAUAAAAUUCCUCUAAAUUUGGAACAAGAUACACUGAUUGGAAGAAAAUCCCAAUAAUUUGAGAUGUACUCAAAUCUAGGCGACUUGGGGAACCGGCAGUUAUUGCUAUUUUUUAUAAUACUCUCGAUCUGGAAGACAGCAAGUGGCCAGGUCCGCUACUCAGUCUUGGAAGAAGCCAAACACGGCACCUUCGUGGGCCACAUCGCCCAGGACCUGGGACUGGAGCUGGAGGAGCUGGUGCCGCGCCUGUUCCGGCUGGCGUCCAAAGGCCGCGGGGACCUUCUGGAGGUAAAUCUGCAGAAUGGCAUUUUGUUUGUGAAUUCUCGGAUCGACCGGGAGGAGAUGUGCGGGCGGAGCGCGGAGUGCAGCAUCCACUUGGAGGUGAUCGUGGACCGGCCACUGCAGGUGUUCCAUGUGGAGGUGGAGGUGAAGGACAUUAACGACAAUCCUCCUGUGUUCCAGGGGACACAAAAGAAUCUGUUUAUCGCUGAAUCCAGGCCGCUUGACUCUCGGUUUCCACUAGAGGGCGCCUCCGACGCAGAUAUCGGGGAGAACGCUCUGUUGACUUACAGGCUGAGCUCCAGUGAGUAUUUCUCUCUGGAGGUACCAACCACCGACCAACAGGUAAAACCUCUCAGUCUUGUAUUACGCAAACCUUUAGACAGGGAAGAAUCUCCGGAACUUCAUUUAGUGCUCACGGCCACUGACAGAGGCAAACCUGAGCUGACUGGCACCGUUCAGUUACUCAUCAACGUGCUGGACGCCAAUGACAACGCUCCAGUUUUUGAUAGAACACUCUAUGCUGUGAAAUUAGCAGAAAAUGUCCCUAAUGGAACGUUGGUAAUUAAACUUAACGCUUCAGAUUUAGACGAAGGCUUGAAUGCGGAUAUUAUUUAUUCAUUCUCUAGUGACGCUUCUCCUGAUAUAAAAUUUAAGUUCUACAUAGACCCUGUAAGUGGGGAAAUUACAGUUACAGGACACAUCGAUUUUGAAGAAAGAAAAACCUACAAAAUCCGAGUAGAGGCGACUGAUAAAGGCUACCCACCCUUGGCUGGUCACUGUACAGUUCUUGUGGAAGUUUUGGACGCUAAUGACAAUCCUCCAGUGUUGACAGUCACUUCCCUGUCCCUUCCUAUCUCAGAGAAUGCUCAGCCAGGCACAGUCAUCACCUUGAUUAACGUGUCUGACCGAGAUUCUGGAGCAAAUGGACAGGUGACCUGUUCUCUGACGCCUCAUGUCCCCUUCAAGCUUGUGUCCACCUUCAAGAAUUACUAUUCGAUGGUCCUGGACAGUGCCUUGGAUCGUGAGAGCAUAGCGAACUAUGAAGUAGUAGUGACUGCGAGGGAUGGGGGCUCGCCUUCGCUGUCGGCCACGGCCAGCGUGUCCGUGGAGGUGGCCGACAUGAACGACAACGCGCCCGCGUUCCCCCAGCCAGAGUACACGGUGUUUGUGAAGGAGAACAACCCGCCCGGCUGCCACAUCUUCACCGUGUCGGCGCGAGACGCCGACGCGCAGGAGAACGCGCUGGUGUCCUACUCGCUGGUGGAGCGACGGGUGGGCGAGCGCGCGCUGUCGAGCUACGUGUCGGUGCACGCGGAGAGCGGCAAGGUGUACGCGCUGCAGCCGCUGGACCACGAGGAGCUGGAGCUGCUGCAGUUCCAGGUGAGCGCGCGCGACGCGGGCGUGCCACCCCUGGGCAGCAACGUGACGCUGCAGGUGUUCGUGCUGGACGAGAACGACAACGCGCCCGCGCUGCUGCCGCCCGGGUCUGGCGGAGGACCCAGCGCGCUGAGCCAGGUGGUGUCGAGGUCCGUGGGCGCGGGCCACGUGGUGGCGAAGGUGCGCGCGGUGGACGCGGAUUCGGGGUACAACGCGUGGCUGUCGUACGAGCUGCAGCUGGCGGCGGGUGGCGCACGCAGCCCGUUCCGCGUGGGGCUGUACACCGGCGAGAUCAGCACGACGCGCGCCCUGGACGAGGCGGACGCGCCGCGCCAGCGCCUGCUGGUGCUGGUGAAAGACCACGGCGAGCCGGCGCUGACGGCCACGGCCACCGUGCUGCUAUCGCUGGAGGACAGCGGCCAGGCGCCCAAGGCCUCUUCGCGGGCGUUGUCUGGUGCAGCCGGCACAGAGACUGCGUUAGUGGAUGUGAAUGUGUACCUGAUCAUCGCCAUCUGCGCGGUGUCCAGCCUGUUGGUGCUUACGCUGCUGCUGUACACGGCGCUGUGGUGCUCGGCGCCGCCCAGCGAGGGCGCGUGCGGGCCGGUGAAGCCCAGGCUGGUGUGCUCCAGCGCGGUGGGGAGCUGGUCUUACUCGCAGGAGAGGCGACAGAGGGUGUGCUCUGGGGAGGGGCCGCCCAAGACCGACCUCAUAGCCUUCAGCCCCAGCCUGCCUCCAUUCCCAGGGGCUGAAGCCAUAGGCAAACAGCAAGACUUAAAUGUUGAUCAUUGCACGGAAGUAAGUCUAUUUACAUUUGUAUUAUAAUUAUUUACAAUGAAAUUUCAUAUUUACUUUAAAACUAUUUCAUAUAUUUUCUUUUUAAAAUGUAUUGCAAAUUUCACAGUUCUAUAUUCAAACAUUAUUGUGGUUUAUAAAUAUCUACAAUUAAUCGUUAGUUUCCCCAGAUUUAUUGAGAAAUAGUUGUUGUAUAACAUUGCCCAUAAGGUGUAAAAGAUGAUAAUUUUAUAUACAUGCAUAUAGUAAAUUUAGUUGCAAUUUCUCAGUGCUAUCAGACAUCAUUAACUAUUUCCCCAAGUUAGAUUUCUGGUCAAAUUAAAAUUUUCCUUGGAUGAAUUUCUUAUUGGAUAUGAUUUUAUCCUUUGUAAUACCUCACUUUAUGAACACUAAGAACAUCCAGUGUAUAUGUAUUCCUCCACAUAGCAUUUAUUUUUCAUGAUUACAUAUUGUGUGUACUUUUUAACCUUCAUAUGGUAUGUUCUGAUAAUAUUGAAGCAUUUUUUGGUGAUUAGUUUUAAUUUACUCACUUAAGAUCCAGAGUCCAUACAUUUCAUUUCAUUUUCUUCUCUUUCUUACUGUUGGUAUAUAGAUAUACAGAUAUAUCUACAACUCUAUAUGUACUAUUUUCAACCCGGGUCUCCCAUAUUUGGGGUUAUUCUUUUCUGUGUGAGCCACCAGGGAAGCCUGUAUUUAUAUAGAGUUUCUCUAUUGGUAUAUCAAGCAGUUUAGUUAUGUUGUUUUUCAGUUGCUAAGUCAUGUGCAACUCUGCAACCUCAUGAAUUGCAGCACACCAGGCUUCCCU